AUGAAAUCAGAGCUGAAAAUUCUACCUGGUCAUCUGGAAUAUGCAUUUCUUGAAGAGGGGGAACAAAAACCUGUAAUUAUAGCUUCUGACCUCACCAAAUCUGAAAAGGAAGAGUUAGUCCGAGUUUUAAAGAAGAGAAAAAAUGUCAUUGCAUGGAAAAUCACCGACAUUAAAGGGAUAAGCCCUUCUUAUUGUUCCCACAAGAUCAAAAUUGAAGAAGGAGCAAAGUCGGUAAUGGAACAUCAAAGGCGAUUGAAUCCAAACAUGCAAGAAGUGGUCAAGAAAAUGGUAGUCAAGCUUCUAGAUGCAGGAAUCAUAUAUUCCAUUUCCGAUAGUCCAUGGGUUAGUCAUGUUCAAGUGGUGCCUAAGAAAGGAGGGAUGAUAGUAGUGAUAAACGAGAGGAACAAGCUCAUACCAACUCGAACGGUAACCGAUGGAUUUUCGGGUUACUUCCAAAUAGCCAUAGACCCAAUUGACCAAGAAAAUACUACUUUCACUUGCCCAAGUGGGACUUUUGCUUAUCGCCACAUGCCUUUUGGGUUAUGCAAUGCGCCCGCGACCUUUCAAAGAUGCAUGACGGCUAUUUUCCACGACAUGGUGGAAAAGUUUAUGGACGUUUUUAUGGAUGAUUUUUCUGUUUAUGAGGGAAUAGUCCUAGGUCAAAAGGUAUCCAAGGUGGAGAUCGAGGUGGAUAGGGAAAAAAUUGAAGCUAUUGCUAAAUUACCUUCACCAACUAAUGUGAAGGGGGUUAGAAAUGCACCAUUUGAUUUUUCUAAAGAGUGUCUAGCGGCUUUUGUGAUUUUAAAAGAAAAAUUACCUAAUGCCCUGAUCAUUAUAGACCCGAAUUGGAACAUGCCCUUCGAAAUAAUGUGUGGCCGUGCAUGGCCAAAAGAUAUUGCAAAUUACUUGGCUGGCGAUUACCUUCCAAAAGGCCUCACUCAUCAACAAAAGAAGAAGCUCUUUUCAGAAAUUAAAUAUUAUUUCUCGGAUGAACCAUAUCUUUUUAGGAGUUGCGCAGAUGGAAUCAUAAUGCGAUGCGUUUUUGGCAAGGAGAUUCGAGAUAUAUUAGAGCAUUGCCAUAAUGGAACAACAGGAGGACAUCAUGGGGUACAAUACACUGCUAAAAAAGUAUUUGAUGCUGGUUUUUAUUGGCAUACUAUCUUCAAAGAUGUUGCUACUCACGUAACGAAAUGUGAUGCUUACCAAAGAACGGGUAAUAUAUCGGCAAGAAAUGAAAUACCCCAAAGAAAUAUUCAAGCCCGUGAAAUCUUUGAUGUAUGGGGUAUGGAUUUUAUGGGACAAUUUCCUUCAUCCAAGGGCAACAAAUAUAUCCUAGUGGCGGUGGAUUAUGUGUCAAAGUUGGCGGAAGCACAAGCAUUACCCACCAAUGAUGCAAGGGUUAUGGUAAAAUUUUUGAAGAAAUUAUUUUCUAGAUUUGGAGUGUCGAAUGCAUUAAUAAGUGAUACGGGUACCCAUUUUGCUAAUGAUCAACUAGCAAAAGUUUUGCAAAAAUAUAGGGUACACCAUAUAAUUUUCAACACCUUACCAUCCACAAACAAAUGGGCAAACCAAAAUUACAAAUAG